UCUGCCAUCAAAUCCACUCGCAACAGUAGGUAGGUUAGCCUGGAGAGGGUACCUAACCCCCAGCUAAUUCUACUAGGUAGGAGCUUUCACUGAUAGCUUUACUGACCAGCUUCAAUGACGGUUUCAAUGUGGGCAAUAAACUCUGUCGGACAAGCGACUAUGCGAUUCGAGAUACCAUACCUAGCUUCCAUCGGGCAGUCGCAUUAGACUCCGUACCUACUGGGUGCGAAUGCUCGAUAACUACGAUACGGUUUAUGGUGCUGCUGAAACGAAUGACAUCUCUAUUGUUUCGAACAUGUCGUCGCUCUCCGACGAUGAAGAGGCCGAUCACCUCUUCGACAACCAGUCCAACGCCUCAUCCUCGGGCGACGACGAGCCAUUCCCACCGCCUCCAUUAAGCCAGAAUUACUUUGCGCCGCCCUUUUACGGCCGCCCGCCCACUCCGCUACCACCGUCGCCGUCUCUGACCUCUCUGCUUCGACCCUCGCGGCCUACGACUCCAGACCCGUCAGACGAUGACAUCGAGCCGGUGCAGCGCGCAUCUCCAAAGGUGCCGACGUACGAAUACUACGGUUUCGUCGUAUACCUGUUCUCGUCACUCACCUUUCUGAUCUACUUGUUGUGGGCGUACCUACCUUCGCCGUUCCUCCACGCGCUGGGCAUAUACUACUACCCGAACCGGUGGUGGGCGUUGGCAAUCCCGUCAUUCAUCACCAUGUUGAUCGUGUACAUAUACGUGGCUCUCGCGCUGUACAACACCGAGGUGCUGACGCUGCCUCUGACAUCCAUUGAGACCAUCGUCGACGAGGCAGCCAAGAUAGCCACCAUUGACAGUAAAGGACGCAUCAGGUUGAAGGAGGCCGGCGAACGAAAGCAGAUAACGGAGGAGACUGCGCGCCAGCUUGAUUGGAAGGGGAUUUGGAACAGGGGAACGGAUGCUGUCAUGGACGUACCCCUUGCAGGCGUGUGCGAGGUUUUAUAUGGAUGUUUGGAUGAUGAUGACGACCAGUAUGAGCAGCAUGGCGGUUCGCAUAGUGAUACCCAUAGUUCAAUUUAGAUGCAAUUAGCGAUGGCGUUGGUGUUAAUGGGUUUUAUAAAUAUUUCGGUGCUCGUGACAUGUGCCUCGAUAGCUUGAAGAUAGUACUCGGUACAGAUGAUGAUGAUGAUGUUCCCUAUCUUUCUAAUUUGGACCAGACCAUUUUGUUUGUCCAGAUGGUGUCGAAUGAGCGAGGAGAA